AUGUCAGGUGUACCAAGUUGUAGUACAGAUGAUGGUAAUACAGUUUUGAAUGCAACACCAAAGAGAGUGUAUGCAAAGAAUUGUAUAAGAUGUAAAGAAUCGAAACCAAUUAUUGUAUUUAGAACAACUGAUACUUUAUGUUGGCCAUGUUAUAGAGAAGUUAUUACAAAGAAAUUUAAGAAUAACAUUAGUAAAUCACGUUCUGAUAAGCGUGAAUUAGAGACUUUUGCAGUGUCGUUGUCAGGUGGACCUUCCUCGAUGGUAAUGUUGGAUUUGAUCGAUCAAUGCAUCGGAGAGAAUGUAAAACGAGCAAAGAUGUUCUUCAAAGUACAUGCUAUUCAUAUAGAUCAAAGUGUAUUAAGAGGUUUAAAUGGAAAUAGCAAUAGUAAUGAUAGUGAAGAUAAUAACACUGGUUUAGCAAUUCAAAAACAAUUGGAAGAAAUAUGUUCGAGUUAUAAGGUACCACUUACUAUCGUUCCACUAGAGAAUAUCUAUGGAGACGCCAAUGAAACUCGUGAACAACGCAGACAACAAUUGGUGGAGGUGUUCGAGCAGAUGGAGUCGAACAACACCUCGAAGGAGGAUCUCUUGGAACACUUUAGAGCACAGCUUGUCUAUGAGACCGCUCACAAGCUCGGACUCGGUAGAAUUCUAAACGGGAGCAGUUCGAAUCGUUUGGCCAUUAGGUUGCUAUCGUCCACCUCUAAAGGUCGUGGAAACAGUGUACCGAAUGAAACGAAUCUUCUCGACUACCACCGAACGAGCACCACUGUCUGCCAUCCGAUGCGUGACUUCCUACUGAAGGAGAUUGCUAUCUACCACCGCUAUCUAGGUCUACAAGAUCUAACGGUACCAUCGAAUCCAUUCCACAGUAUAAAUUUGAAUCAAUCAUCACACAAAGCAUCUAUCAAUACUCUUUGUGAAAAUUUCAUUAAUACAUUACAAGAUAUAUCAAGUCAAACUAUUCAUACAUUAUUGAGAUCGGUUGAUAAGUUGCAUUCGCCAGUUGCCGAUGAAUCAAUGUUUUGUUCGGUUUGUUCAUGUAGUUUGACAAAGUCAGAGAUUGAAACAUUGAAGAAAUCAGUUGGUGAAAGAAUUAACAAUAGUAAUAGCAAUAACAAUACAAAAUGCUCAACAACAACAACAAAUAAUCAAGCAACAUCUUGUUGUUCUACUGAUAGUAGCAAAUCUUGUUGUUCCAAUGACAACAACAACAACAAUAAUAAUAAUAAUAAUAAUAAUAACAAUUGUUGCUCUGACAAUAGUAGUACACCUCUCAAUUUACAUACACUUUGUUAUAGCUGUAGGAAUAUACUCGAUAAGAAAUCAACAACACUAACACUACCACCCUAUAUCAAAGAGAAUUCAAAGACAAUGGUACAUAGCUAUCAACUACGUAAUGAAAUUAAAGAUUUUCUACUAAAUGAUGAUGAUGAUGAAGAUGAUGAUAAUUAA